CAGUUAUGAUCCAAAUAAAUAAAAGAAAAUCCAAUUCAAUGAUAACUAGUUAUAUGCCUACAAUUUUCUGAUUUUCUUUCUCUCCUUGCUAUAACUUUUCUGUCCUAAUCCCAAUCCAAUUUCAAACAUUUCUUUAGCCAAGAUGAGGAACAUCAUCUCUUUACUUCUGCUUCAAGCCGCUUUCUCUUCCAUUUUCCUUCCCUCAGCUCAUGGAGCCAACACCAUCAUCCAACCAACCUGCAAGAAGACACCCUUUUAUGAUCUCUGUGUCUCCGUUCUCCAAACAGACUCUCGAAGCGCAACUGCAGAUGUUCAGGGGCUAGCAGUUGUAGCAGCAGACAAGCUAGCGGGAAAAUCCACAGCCACACUGAAACAGAUCACGUCCUUAGCUAAAAAGGAUCCGCGAUAUAAAGCAUGUCUUGAAUCGUACAACAUCGUUGUCAAGUAUGACAUGCAGGAGAUUCUUCAGGCUGUCAGUGGGGACCCAAAAUUCGCAGAGCAAGGUGCUUCCGAUGUUGCUACUGAAGCUGAUACUUGUGGGAAGAGCAUUCAGUCUUUCAAGUCGGUUGUUGCUGAUAGCAACAAGUUUGUGCAUGACUUUUCUCUUGUAGUUGUGGCUAUUGUUAGGUUGUUACUCUGAAUGACUGAAUCUGAAAUGUAUUGUCACUGUUUUAAAUAACCCCAAAUUCAGUUGUUACUCUUCUCCUCUCCUUCCCUUCAGAACUGAAAACUUCAAUUUAUCCUCCUCUCAAAUUCUACACCACAUCCAAUAUUGGAUUAAUCCAAUGUGAUGAUGAUUUAAUUAAUCAAAUAUGCAAGACUAAAAACCAUCCUCUCUCAUCUCUGAAAUUAAACCCUCCACCACCACCAGCACUUUGGACAUCA